UUUUUUUUCCUCUCUUUCUCUCUCUCACUUACCAACUAUGUCAAUCGAUAGCACCCCCGCCUCCAACGUAUACAGUGUCCAAGGCGCUCAGGCUAAAUUCAAAGAAGGUUUAGCGCGCUUAGAUAAGGAGUUGGGUCAGUUCAAGUAUGCAAACGAAGUGGAACGAUGCACCGGUGUGCCCAAGAGUUACUUUGUUCUUGGCGCGGGAGGACUUGUCUUUUUGAUGAUUUUCUUCAACUUUGCCGGUCAGUUAAUCACAAACGCUAUCUCUUGGGUUUAUCCUGCCUACGCGUCGUUUAAAGCCAUCGAAAGCCCAGGCACUGCCGAUGACAAGCAAUGGUUGACUUACUGGACCGUGGUUGGAUUCGUUCAAAUCCUUGAAUACUUCUCUGAUAUCCUUCUGUACUGGUUCCCCUUUUACUACCUCUUCAAGACCCUUUUCGUGCUUUGGCUUACGCUUCCUCAGUUCAGAGGUGCCGAAGUGUUGUACGGCCGUUUCUUGCGACCUUUCUUGGUCAACGCACAGUCUGACAUUGACCGUCAAGCCAGCAAAAUUGGACAAAAAGUUGGCGAGGUUGCUGCCAGCUUUGGUCCUCAAGGAUCCGCCAAUAAGACCGAUUAAGUUUAUUGUAUCCAUUUGAACGUGAAAUAAAUCUGGGACAAAAUGUUAUCAAAAUUCA